AUGUUAAAUAGUACAUUCAAUCAUAACUUCACAUCAUUUGGUAGUACUAUUAUUUUUAUCGCAAUCAUAUUAAGUAGUAUAGCAGUUAUUUUUAAUUUUAUUAUUAUCAUUGUUUUGAUUCGUCAUGGUAAAUUUAUAAAAUGUUCUAAAAAACAUCAUAGUCGUCGCAUUGGACUUGUUCAUUCAAUUAAUACAUAUAUUCAUCUCAUUGGAAUAUUAUCAACACUUAUAAUAAUGUGUAUUAGAACUUUAUACGGUGAUUUAAAUCGAGAAAAACGAGAUAAACGUAUUAUUUCAUGGUAUUGCCAUUUUCUGGCCUACUUACUGUCAUUAUUUGGAGCGGGUGUUUAUGGUUCAUGUUUUUUACAAGCACUUUAUCGUUUUUGGCGAAUUGUUACACCAAAUCGAGAUUUUUUCCAGAACCUAUAUUUUCAUAUCCAAUUAAUCCUUGGUCAUUGGGCAUUUAUUAUAAUUCUAUUACUACCUAUUCGAUCUCGUUCUGUUUAUAUAUCAUCUGACCAUUUCUGUUUAAGUCCAUUUGAUGAUCGAUGGACAGCAGCAUAUAUUUCAUUGAUAACAGCUAUAAUACCUGUUACUGGAAUAUUAAUACUUUAUAUAAAGAUUGUAAUUUAUAUGAAAAAGAAUUUACAAACUAAAAAACAAUGGAGACGUAUGAAACGUGAUAUAUCAACAAUACGAAGAAUUCUUGUAUUAGUUAUUAUUAUAUUACAAACAAGUAGUACAGGAAUUAUACUUUGGAUUUUAACAUUUUUUUAUAAAAGUCUUCAUCCACUUUUUUAUCGAUUACUUCGAUUGUUAAUUAUAUUAUGUAUGAUUAUAUGUAGUAUUACUUUAUUGAUGCUUUCUCCACAAUUAAAACGAGCAUUUCGAUCAAGUAAUCGUAAACAAUUGAAGAAACAGUUUACAUCAAAAAAACGAAUGUCUUCGAAUAAUAUUGAAGAAAUAACACCAAUCGAAAAUGGAUCUAUUUCAUAA